AAUUGACAUACCAAAAACGACUACAAAAAACGAACUUUCUUUUGGGGCUAACAAAUAAAACUUGUUGAGCGUAGAGGUAGAAUCGACCAACUUGUCGUUCCCGCUCUGUCUCACGUGUUUGUUGUUAUUCUAAUUAUACAUAUCCACAUGCAGAAGAACACGCAAGCGUACGCAUUAAAAAAACUCUACACGUCACCAAAGUUUCUCCCCCACAGGUGUGUGGUACUGCCAGCCAAAGCAAAAUGCGUCAAUUGAAAGGCAAGGUCAAGGAGACGCGCAAGCAGAAGAAGGAGCGUAAACUAGAUAAUGUGGAAAUUCAAGGAAAAAUUCGUACAAUAGUUUUGCCGGCCAUGGGCGUCUUAGCGUUAUUUGUAGUGCUGUUCGUCUACCUUAAGACGCGGCCUGCAGUGACUGCCUAGUGGACACACAAACUGUGCAACGAUGAACAUGCAUCCCGUCCGAUGACCGUCUAUAGGCUUAAGUUAGUGUAUUUUCUGAAUUUAAAUGUUACCUGUGCAGUGUGCAAUUCAUGUCUAACGUCGUUUACUGUACAAAUUAAUAUGUAUGCAUAGUAAAAUUAAAAGAAUACCAUUCCACUCUCUGCGGAGUGUGAUUCUAAGGUUUCCAGAAACGGA